GCUGGUCGCGAGUGGAAGACGAACAAGGCAUUGAGGGCGCCUCUCCACCUUUAGCCUCCCGCCUAGGGGGUUGCAUGGCAACGGCUUCGUCCCUCUUUUGUGGAGCCUCGCGGGGUUCUGUAGAUAAGAGUCCACGUUGUGGGUGUCUGUGGCGAAAUCGUCGUCUUUCCUUGUCCUGAAGCCUUUUAAGGGUUCUGAAGCCUUUUCUCUCAACGUCCUCUUGCCGUUCCUGGAUUCGGGCGCUCCCGGGCAGGGGCUCUUUGUAUUGCAGGAUUUGAGUCCAGAGACACCUUACAAACCAGCAAGAUUUCCAGGGUGGCUUGUGCCAGUUACGGAAAGCAGUAAAACUAGGGGUUCCCGCAUGCAUGGGGGAAUACCUAAAGUAUGCAGGGAAAAUUAGCCAACAGGAACCCCUGAAAGUGGCCUCUUGAGGACUGAAGCUGCAUGAGGUACGAAUGUUGAGAGCAAUGGGGCAGGGGAGGCUAGUCGGCUCAAUUACCAUAAGAUCAUCUUGAACCUGGAGGGACGGUUCUGCUUGGGGGAAAUUUGCAAAUUCCCUCCCCUCGCUGUUCCUUACAGGCUGCUAGAUUCAUUUCUGUGAUGUUGAGCUUUAUAGUUGAGUGCCUAUCAGUAGGCUUGCAAUGGAUAAGAUAGGGAUUCUUGUACGCUCCUAGAAUUCCCCGGUUACACAGAAAAAUAUGAUUGUAUAUUUUAAAAGAUACAUGUCAAGCCCCAAAGGCUUGAUAAGAGAGCAUUCUUAUUAUCCUCCAGGAGGCACUCCUGUUGAGUGUCAGAUAAAGGGGGCGGGGCAUGGAACAAACUUGCUUAACACUCUGUAAGAUCUUGCAGUAUUCUGGAUGGUGGAGAGAUUGGGGUGCAGGGAGUUUCCCAGUUGCAUAUUUUUUCUUCAGUUUAUGUGGGCUGUUUUCUUUGAGUCUCUGUUCUGAAGAAAUCCAGCACUAGAACUGGGGGGAAUGCAUGCAUUGACGCCCGCCCAUGAAUUCUUCCAUGUUUGCUACCUACAGUGUUUGCAGGAUGCCAUACCUAGGUUCAGAGGAUACUUUGAAGGAACUGAAGAGAGCAUUGUCUAACCCUCAUGUCCAAAAUGACCAUCUUCGCUACAGGAAUGUUAUUCAGCGAGUGAUCAGGCAUAUGACCCAAGGAGUAGAUGUGUCCAGCGUCUUUAUGGAAAUGGUUAAAGCUAGUGCUACAGUUGAUAUUGUUCAGAAGAAGUUAGUGUACUUGUACAUGUGUACGUAUGCACCGCUGAAGCCAGAUCUAGCUCUUUUAGCUGUCAACACUCUGUGCAAAGACUGUUCAGACCCCAAUCCCAUGGUUAGAGGCCUGGCCCUGCGUAACAUGUGCAGUCUCAGGAUGCCUGGCAUACAAGAGUAUAUCCAACAGCCAAUCCUGAAUGGUCUGCGAGACAAAGCCUCCUAUGUAAGGCGAGUCGCUGUUCUCGGAUGUGCAAAGAUGCAGAAACUCCAAGGAGAUGGUGAAGUGGAUGGUAUGCUCGUUAAUGAGCUGUAUAGUUUACUUCGUGAUCAAGAUCCUAUUGUGGUAGUGAAUUGUCUGAGGGCACUUGAGGAGAUCUUGGCAUAUGAAGGAGGAGUUGUCAUCAACAAGCCCAUAGCACACCAUCUUCUUAACAGGAUGCCGGAUCUAGAUCAGUGGGGCCAGAGUGAAGUGUUGACUUUUCUGUUGCGCUACAAGCCCCGCUGUGAAGAAGAACUCUUUGACAUCUUGAAUUUACUGGAUGGCUAUCUCAAGAACAGCAGCCCCAGUGUGGUGAUGGCUGCUACAAAACUCUUCUUAGUCCUGGCCAGAGAUUUUCCACAUGUGCAGAUUGAUGUGCUGGUGAGAGUUAAGGGCCCACUCCUGGCUGCUUGCACCUCUGAGAGUAGGGAACUUUGUUUCACUGCCCUGUGCCAUGUGCGUCAGAUCUUAGACAGCCUUCCCAGCCAUUUCAGCAGCCAUUACAAGAAAUUCUUCUGCUCAUACUCGGAACCACAUUACAUCAAGUGCCAGAAGAUGGAGGUGCUAUGCAAAUUGGUGAAUGAUGAGAAUGUGCAACAAAUAUUAGAGGAGCUGAGAGGCUACUGCACUGAUGUAUCAGUAGAGCUUGCACAAGGGGCAAUUUUUGCCAUUGGCAACAUUGCUAGGACAUACACAGAGCAAUGUGUCAGAAUACUAACAGAGCUCUUGGAGCUGAAACAGGAGCAUAUAACUUCAGCAGUGGUGCAGGUGUUCCGGGACCUGGUGUGGUUGUGUCCACAGUGUACAGGGAGUGUGGCUCGGGCAUUGCCUGGUUGUGAAGAGGCUAUCCAGGACAGUGAGGGCAAGCAAGCUCUAAUCUGGCUACUGGGGGUACAUGGGGAGAGAGUUCCCAAUGCUCCAUACAUCUUAGAAGAUUUUGUGGAGAAUGUGAAAUCAGUGGCAUUCUCGGUCGUGAAGGUUGAAUUACUGACUGCUUUGGUGCGGCUCUUCUUGGCACGUCCAGCUGAGUGUCAGGAUAUGCUGGGUCGAUUGCUGCAUUACUGCAUUGAGGAAGAGACAGACAUGAUGGUACGGGACCGUGCUUUGUUCUACUAUCGUCUUUUGCAAGCUGGUACAGAAGAGACAAAAAGGGUUUUGUGUAGCCCUGCAUCUGAUCACUCUUUGCGGCUUUUAGAAGAUCAGGCUGAAGGCUCUGUGAAUGCAUGGGCCUCUGAUUUUAACUCUUUGGCUGUCAUAUAUGGCAAAGAGCAGUGGGCAGCCAUGACUGCCAACCAGGUUGUUGAGCUUCACUAUGCAGACUCGCUCUGUGAGGCCCCGACAGUGGUAGAAGAAGAGCCACUGAUUUCAGAAAAGAAAGAAGUUCCUUAUAUUGCCACCAGCUCCAGUGGCCUUACUUUAAUCUCCAGCAGAUGUUUGACUGCAGAACAGUUUGAGAGAAUGUGGUUGAAUUUGGCAGUGGGUUGCCAGCAAACUGUUCCUUGGCAAGAAAAUGUGCAACCUGAUACCAUGCAGGCGGCACUGCAGGUUGUCCAUAUCCAGACUAUUGCUAUGAGUAAGGCUAGUUCCCAAGUCUGGAAAGCCUACCUUGGUGCCCAGGAUGAUGCAGGCUGCCUCUUCCUGACUGAGCUGCUGCUUGAUACAGACAAUGCAGAGAUGCAGAUGUUAGUGAAGCAGAGUGAAGACAAACCUGAAGCACUGCAGGCUUUCAUCUCAAUUCUAAGAACUGUACUAGGGACAGUGGUGGGACUCACAUCCUAAUUCUUUCCAGUCUUUGAUUUGAUCGUGACUGUGUACAGCCAUUAAUAUAAUACAGAACAAAUUUAUGACUAUGGGAAUAUACAGUGUAUGCAAAAAAUCAAUGAUCUAUUGGAAGGAGAUGAGAUCCAAGGAACAUGGUAUUGGGGUACUUGGAAAGCCUACUGUUACUUUGAUGGAAAAUAAGCUAUUAACUGGAGUGAUCAAAAAUUUGCCUUGUCCAGGCAAUGGGGACAAGCAUAAACUUGAGCCUGCAGUUCUUUUGCAUUCUUUAUAUAUAUAUCUUCCGGUAGUGAAUGUAGCUUUGGAGGUUGCUUCCUGUGGGAAUCUUCUGCUACCUCCACAAGUGUUAUCUGACCUGAGUUCGAUGCUUGUGGGGAACAAGUUUUUUCCCUGCUUCCCUGCAGCAUUGUGAUGCAUUUGUGUUCUUCCUGGGGGUUCCCUGGCUUUACUCUGAACUUUCUCAAAUCUGAUUUGCUCCAGAGUUUUGGGAAAGAUCACCGUGAAACCUGAAUGGCUGGUGUGUGAGUGAGAAAAUUCAGAUUUUUCCUCCUACAUAGCCUACCUCUUUCCCAACAGCUGCCCUUUCCUUUUCAUGCCUCCUGGAGGGUUUUUGAUUUUUUUUAAAUUGGCACUGGAAUAUUGUUAUAUAGAUGUAACAUUAUACCAAUAAGUGAACCAUUAUUAUUAUUAUUUAUUUAUUUGAUUUUUAGCCUGCCUUCCCUGCAAGCGGGCUCAGGGCGGGUUAUAGCAGUAUAGUCAUACAAAGAUAAAACAUAUAAAUACAUUUAAAUUGUAUUUAUUCAGGUUUUCUGAAUUCUCAGCUUUCAUUUACGAAAUGUCUCUAGCCCCUUGUAUUGCAGAGAUAUAAGGGGAAAGGCAUACCUCAGCAACAGAAGGGGCAAGAAACUUUUUAAAUGAAAGCUAGGAAUUCAGAAAGCCAGGUGCCCAUAUUGGUAUAAUAAUAUUCUUGUGCUGGUUUUUAGGGGGAAAAGACCCAAGAGAAGGGGGAGUAACUGCUGCUGCUCAGGGACUGGGGCAAGGAAACUAUGGAGAAACCCACCGAAUAGAACUUCCACUGUUGCUGUCAGCAGCUGUACCAACAACAGGGAAACCACACAAGCCCUUCCCUGUGUGGAAACUGCUUUUAUCUUGCUAUUUUGAACUUAAGGAAGUAGCAACUGUAGUGUUGGUGGAAAGGAAAUGAAACUUGAUUUAGAGGGAGUGCCAUUUACCAGAAAUCAGCCUAGGGUAAUUGAUUUUUUUAUAGUAUAAGGUUUAACUUAGAUAAACUUCAAGGGCUGCCACCAGGAUUGGCACAUUUUCCAGGACACGAUCCUUAGGGAGUUGAAGUAUGCUAUAAAUCACUGAGGCAUGACUUCAUGGUAAAGAAUGAGCAUUUGCAGCAGGGCUCAUUUCCAGGGGGAACACGCCGGAACACUAUUCUGGCAGUUCCCCCAACAGUCAGGUGGCCCCGCCCACCUGACUUUUGGACAUUUGGGGCCAUUUAGGCCUCCAUUGGGGCUGAAACGGCCCGGAUCAGGACUGAAACGGCCUGGAUCGGGUUGGUGCCAGGCAGGGGACCCCUCCCUCGCCCAGCACCGAUCCAGGCCAAAACGGGCCCAAAAUGCCCAUUUUCAGUCCAGGCUGUUUUGGCCCUGAUCUGGGACCAAACAGGCCCCAAAUGGCUAUUUUUGGCUAUUUGUGGCCCGUUUCGGGUGGAGUCAGGGCCAAAACAACCAGGAGUGGGUCGGUGCCUGGCGGGGGACCCCUCCCCUUCCCAACAUUGACCAGAUCCAGGCCACGUGUCCAAAAUGGCCAUUUGGGGCCUGUUUCGGCCUGGAUUGGGGCCAAAACGGCCCUGAUCGGGCCACUGCCAGUGUCCUGUCUGGCAGCAGCCAAAUCCCGGCCAUUUUGGCCUGAUCAAGGGGUGUGGCAUAUCCUAAUGAUUUAUGCUAAUGAGUUCCUGCAGCUGUUUUUCUACAAAAUGACCCCUGAUUUGCAGGUAUGUGACAAAAAUAACAAAGUGAAUUUUACCACUCUUUAGUGGCUUUUAUUUGUUUUUAUUUUGUUUGUUAUUUAUAGUCUGCUUUUCUUACUGAGACCCAAGAUGGAUUACACAAUGUAAGUCAAUACAAUCAACAGCUGGGGCAUUCAGUAAACAAUACAAAAGGGUAGGGAUUGCAGAAAUUUGAAAACAAUCAUAAUUUCAAAUGCAGAGUGGAAACAUUGCUGAAACAAAACAAGUUAUUUGACACAACAUACCAAAGAACGAGGAAACUACCCGGUGGGAGCAUAUCUACAGCAACAGACAGUACCCAGCAAACAGUAUAGUAUUUGGACUUUGUCCCUUUAUCAAAGCAUCUCUUUGAGCCAUUUCUUUACAGCACAGCGCUAUUACCCAAGUGAAAAAACCCCUCUGAAUAAUUCAGUUUUGCAUAGUUUGCAGAAAGCCAAGACAGUGCGAGCUCUCAGCAAUUACACUGUUGCCGUUACAAUAUAUGGUAGCAGCAUAUGGUAGCAUUUUUUCUCACUGCUAUGCUACAACAGGGGUCUGUUAAAACCUGUCUUUCCUACAUGAAAAAGGUUAUUUCAAGGCAAGAAACAAUUACUAAAGGCCUAUUCAGGUGACUAAUUUAGGAAGCUUACAUGUAUUUUUCCAGGGCAGCAGCAAUGGACAGGAUGCUUCAGCCCAUACUGGCUUGUAUGACUGACAGGGACGAGCAUAUGUUGUACCAUGUAUGUGGCCCCUGUUGUUUGUAGCAUGACCUAGGGGAAAAGAUACCUGCUUUUACCCAAGAUGCUUUUCGCAUAUUUAGUUGUAUGCUGUAAAGAGUUCUAUGGGAGUAUGGAAGACUGUCAGGUUCAUAUAUCUUUUACAUACUCUGUUGAGAGAGAGAGACUAAGUCUACACAUAGAGUCUGGCAGUACCUUUAUGGCUCAGCUGGAUCAUACAUAUGGCUCUAGUUCUUUCAUUAUUCUUUGUAAAGAUACUGGUAGUAAAGCAACUUUUCAUAUCUCUUGGUCAGUUUUUUUUCCCCUGCCUUUUGCCAGUUUUGUUAUUUUGUGUUUCGGAGAGUUUCUGCUCUCUGUAAUAGUCAUUUCCCUUUGCCCAACAUUCAUAUCUCAUUUGACUUUAGCAUUUAAGAAAAAUUAACAUUGCAUAAUGCCAUACAGUACUGUGUAGGGCUGGGCAUUUGUUAUGUUUUGACUGUUCUUGUAAUAGGGAUAUUUUGUUUGUUUGCUAA